GCAUAAUUUAGAUUCACAAUAAGCUCAGACUACCUGUGCGUUGUGCGCAGUUAUAUGGCAUGGUUUGUUUGCCUUGGGCUCUAUGGGAAAGCUAGGUUUGAAGUCUCUCAAGGUAAAUGCCCUUCAACUUCGACUCCAAAAUGAUUGCCCCAGAAGGGUUGGAGUAAAGAAGCUUUCCCGAGUACGUGAUAUGGUUUGGGUAAUAAACGAUACGACGUCAUUGGUGCGGGAAGGAUAUGACCUGAUUUCAUGGAAACGGGCCAGACUCUGAAGUACUCCAGCGCAACUCCACACUUUCAUGGGUAACCCCAUCUUGUUCCAUCGGGUACGAGGUAGUCGGAAUCUGCAAGGGGGCUGUCAUACAGCUUCCCCAUAUCUCCUUCCCUUGGGUGACAUUCAGAAGGCAAAAAACGCGGCGCUCAGUAGCACGUUCAGUGUUCAAGGCUCUGAGGGGAAUGGAAGGGUGCAGUGAUAGAUUAUGACAGGAAAAUUUCGCGUGA